CGGACGUGGUUGAUGCAGUUUUGUGUCAGUGAAGUCAGACAGCAAGCAAAACCCGUACAAAACAGGCAGAUUAUCGAGGCGGAGCAGCAGUAAGCUCGCGUUUUUCUCGCUCGGUUAGUUUCUUUGGCUAGCGGAGCCCCGUUUUUCAGUUCUUGUGGCGUGUAAGCGUUACGAAUUGUAGCCGGAGGGUUGCAAAGAGUGGCUCUGGUGCUCGCAGAGACUUAGUGUUCCGGUUCCGGAUCGUACCUGCCGUCCGAUGGUUUUGUGCAAUUUUGUGGGUUCCGGACGGGUGUAGGUGUGCGAUAUUCGUGGUGUGGUUUGUGAAGUGCUGUUUCGAACGGAAUUUUCUUGUUGGAAAUAAUAAGAAUACUUGCUGCGAACAAACGGAAAGAAGAAGAGUGAAAUUACUCAUCACAGCAGCAAUAUAAAAAAACGUACUAGAACGGGUGUGAAUGAGGAUAAGUGCUGUAAGUUCAUUUGCAGAUUUGGCACCACUUACCGGAUGAACUCAACUGACGUCUACCAGGCUGAGAGAAAUUGUGACGGAAGAAACCCAAAAGCAGCAGCCGAAGUGGUUUGGUAGAAGUGUUAAGAAAGAAGGAAAAAUCGUUGAUGUUGUGAGUGAUAUCGGAUGAAAUUCUUGCAACGCGAAGCAAAAUAAUCCCCGAAGAAGGCCAACAGGCGUGAACGUGAAGUGUGUGCUUUAGCUUUUCAGUGAUAAGCGCGCUGCCAGAAGGAGCCUCGAUCGGAGCCAUCGGAGUAAUUGCAGGCGAAAGCAAAACAACAACAGCAACAUCUGAGGAAAAUGGCAGAUGUGGAUGAUGUGAUAAGUGACCAGGAGAAGAUUCGGAUCGUGAACGAUUUCAUUCUGCAUGCUCCGCCCGGGGAAUUCAACGAGGUGUUCAACGAUGUCCGCGAACUGCUGAACGAUGACCGGUUGCUGAAGGAGGGAGCGAGUGUUGCCUGCGCUCAGUACAACAAGGAUCAACUCACGCCGGUUAUUCUCGAGGGCUCGGAACUGGCCGUGCUCGUCACAGAGUUCAACGAUCUGGGUGGGGGUAGAUUCUUUGACCCGCGAACGAAACAGAGCUUCCGGUUCGACCACCUUCGCAAAGAGGCCUCGGAUCUGCAGAACCACGAUGGCGACCACAUCUCGGAGCAGUGGCGCGCGAUGCUCGACAUCGAAUCACUAACGUACUCCGCCAAUCACUACCGCAACGGAUCCUGCUCGACGUACGGUCGCACCAGCAACGGACAGAUAACGCUGAACGUGUGCAUCGAGGACCACCAGUUCCAGCCGAAGAACUUCUGGAACGGCCGGUGGCGCUCGGUGUGGUCCAUCACCUUUCCGGCGACUGGUGGCGGCACGGCCGAGCUGAAGGGUCUGCUGAAGCUGCAGGUGCACUACUACGAGGAUGGCAACGUGCAGCUGGUCUCCUCGAAGGAGUGUCGCGAGACGGUAGUCAUCACGAAUGAAGCGACCACCGCGAAGGAAAUUAUACGACUGAUCGAGGAGAGCGAACACGAUUACCAGACGGCAAUAUCGGAAAACUACCAGACGAUGUCGGACACGACGUUCAAAGCACUCCGGAGACAACUGCCCGUCACCAGGACGAAAAUCGACUGGAGUAAGAUAGUGUCGUACAGUAUCGGUAAGGAACUGAAAACGCAGUAGAAUGACUCAAGGGUGGGCAUGCGAGUGACGUGGACAUCCGUGUGGGAAGCUAGAACGAACAAAAUAAAAACAAACAUCGUGAAUCCACGGCGGGGAGCGAUCCCGGCAACAAUCUAGCCAGUCUAGAGAGAUUAUGUUCGACCGAAAGCCGGGGCAAAAAGCGAAACAAUUAUAAAAUUAGCUGAUAAUUUCUAAAAUUUAAAAAGGAAACAUCAUAUUUUUACAAUAAACAUACGCAAAAAAAGAACAGCCACAGUUUAUGGUAGACGGGAAAAUGUAACAUGAGAAAGAGCGCCAAUUUUUUUUUCGAAACAUUAGUUGAUCCGUUGAACGAAUCUUUCAAAUUUUCGCUGUAAAUGAGAUCGCGUACAGUAAAGAUAAAUCCAUUAUAAGGCAAGAUAUAUAGGACAAAACAAAAACUCGAAUUCACUGACAUUUGGCCUGCUAGGUAAAGAUCUUUUUAAAACAGAGUUUAGGAACAAUCCACAAAACAUACACUUUAACACUCAUUCUCGUUCAUUCUUACUUGCGGUAGUCGACAAAGCCAGAAUGUAUAAAUAGUAGUAGCAGGAAACAAAUUGCGCCCAGCGGCGAAGCGAACAAACAACUUGAUAAGAACAGCGCUCAAUAGUUUAGUGUACACACACACACGCGCGACCAUCAUCAACCCGCUCCGACCUCAGUUCUUCGAAAUUGGAAUCGAUCAGGGAGACGCAUUGCUUUACUGUUUUAUCACGUGUAUUCAUUCCAAGUAUGGCUACCCGGUCCCACUGCUAUAUAAGCGUGUUAGAGCGUGACGCAUACAGUUUUGGGGGUUACGUAACUGCUUCAUUACCAGCCCGCAUUACCCCUUCCUUAUUUGAACUUUGCGAAACAAACCGACGAACUGAGCGAACUGUUUGCCGAAGAUAUGCCAAGAUAAGAUUUUACUUUUUGCGUCUUGUUGAUGGUUUGAUAUUGCCAAAUUUUUCAUCACUUGCCUUGAAACGCAUUCGCUGAAUCUUUCGCAGUCGAGAUAUGCACAUUGUGUGAAUGACAACCAUUGUACAGAAUAUGUAUUAUUGAGUAAGGGUUCAAUUAUGUCUGUGUUCUGAGAGACGCCCUUUUCUCAAGUUAUUCCUUUACGGAAAGUCCAUUUAGGACAGCUAUACUCGAUCUUCAGGUUGGCCCUCCUGGUGUGAUUUUAUUUUGAACCAUUUUGUAUGUGUAAUAAUCGCGAAAACUUAAGAAAUCAUCAUCUAUUUUUUGACUAAGGAUUACGUCUUUCAUGGUAUUAAAUCAGAAAACACGGCACAUUUUUAUGAAACAGUUUUAACGUUAAUAGCUAUUUUUGCUGCGAUCAUAUUUUGAUGAUCUGCAUAACAAUCAAAUCGUAAAUUAUCUAAGAUUUGCUUGAUAUGCUCUACAUUACGAUUCAUUAUUUCGUGAACGGUUUAAAUUAUAGAAAAUUGGAAGCAUUUAUAUUUUUUUCAUAUACAUUUGUUCUGCCCAUUUAUGUGCUUACCCAGGGUAGCAAAAUCCCAUAUUCAUUUUACUAACAGCGCAAGAUUUUGAGACAACAUCAAAUUCAAUCACCAAUGUUACGCAGUUCACGACAAAUGAACACAGUUUCAGCGAGAAUGAACACCUACAAUAUUCAUACUCAUCUUCGGUCAACUAACAGUGAAAGAGAACAAAAAUCCAUUCAGAGAAAUAUCAUCUCAUUGACACCGUGUCAGACGUUUGUACGCGUGUUCGUGUGAAUGUUUUCCAGGUAUGUUUCUAGCCCGAUCUCAUUUCGUGCCGCUUACUGCACACUUCGAUGGACAAUAGCACAUCCGAUCACUAGGUUUAUGGGUUUAAGGCCAAUGAAAAUUUCAUCAGGACGCAAUGAAAGCCGAUAUUUGCGGCUACGGCAUUCAGUGACAUCGGACUUGAGCUGAUGGUGGUGGUGGUGAACCAGUAGUCAAAUCGUGAUAGGCACCGUGAUAGAAAGAAGUGAAAAAUGUCGGUAGAGAUAUUUUGUUCUGACGUAAUUUGCUUUUCAUCCUUGUACUUACCUAUCCCUGCUGUCACUAACGAGCGCCUAAGCGUAUCAACAAGGCUCAUUGUUUAAGUACCCUUGCGAAUUCGGAUCGGUGGAUUGCUCGCUCCAAAUGUAAAUGCAGCGUUCGUUCUACGGACGUUGUGGAUAGAGAAGAUAUUGCAAUUUAAGCUCUACCCCUUUUCAAUUUAUUGAGUAUAAAUAAUCAAUUCGUGAUUUAAGGUCACAGCGUUCACGAUUCAUCAGUCAUCCUGGUAGCGACCGGACGGCAGCAAAGGCUGGUAGUUGAGUUUAGUUUUGUAAAUUGGCCUUGAGGCUAGAUGCGAUUGAAAUGGGAAAUUGCGAAAUCUGUAUAAUUCAAAACCAGAGAUCGAAAUGUUGAGAAUAAAAAUAUCCCAGGAAAAAAAAGUUUAUAAUAUAAGAAGCGAGGGAAUGUUAUAAAACUGACUGACUAAAUACUUAUCUCGCAGUUGAACGAUAAUUUCCAUGUCUGUUCAAAACAUCAUCAUCAUUCAAGUCACACUCUCAAUCCAGCUAGCAGGCUGCAGUCUUUCUCAAUACUGAUGUCACACAUAACGGUUUUGCUUGAUACAAAGAAAGAAUGGAAGAUAGACAUCGCUUACAGUAGUGCAAUGUUGUUCGGUGGAGACACCGUAGCGGAUAGUACUUCUGUAUUUUUGCAUCUGUACUGAAGUUCACUGAUUUUUACACCUACGAUUAUUUAGAUGAUAACUCAAGGGUUUGCGGUAACGAAAUCUGAUUUAAUCAGCCUAAAGGUAUAGUUGUAUCUCGAUCUCAAGUUUCAUCUGCAGAGACCAUCUUGGUUAUCUUAAUGUGACCGAAACCCUUGAAAUGGCUACCAAUCAUAAAGUUUUGACAAACUAUGAAAUUGGAGAUGUCGCAUGACAGGAUUUGAUUCUGAUCAUAAAGUGACCCCUUUCCUCGGAAACCUGAUCCGGAACAUAUCCGGUUUAAGUCAAUGAGAUCAUAUAGGCUAGUUUUGAAGAAAAUCAUUGAUACCCCAUGGAAGGUUUUGUGUAGUAUUGGGAUCUGGAAUCUAUGGGCCCUGCAUUUUUUCCGGUCAUAUCUCCGGAACCCGUAGCGAAUUCCGAUAAAUCUUUAAAGGGUGCCUUUAAAUUUAUUUAAUUCGGUUCAGCUGUUUCGAGAAAAUUGAGCCGCAACAUUGUUUGCUUGGUUAAGAUAAAAAAAAAAUGGGUGGGUUAUAUUUAUAAUAUAACCGCGAGGUUGACGUGGGACUACCGUUAGCUUAGUAAUCAUUUGUUUGUGUUGAUUAAAUUAUUGAUUGAAUGAAACAAUUUUCGAAUUCAAUUGAAUUCAACAUAUUUGCUGUGUAAGUAAAGAACUGAUGGCUGUGUUGGGGAAACCGUUAAUCAAGCUAAUCAAAACAGGACGGGAUUGCUUAUCUCAGGAAAAAUAACGUUUUAUUAGGUGUGAUAGAUGCGUAUAAAUAUUUCCUAACAAUUGAUGCAAACAAAUAUUCGAGUUAUAAGCCAGCAUGUUCUGUGUUUGGGUUUUAAUUUUACCUCCCCGAUAUAUUCCGAUUAGCCGUAGUCCCACGUCAAAAAGUUGUUUUCCAUGAUGGUUUCUUGUAAAAUUAGUUUUUCUCAUUUGUUUUAAUAGAAAUUGCAACUAUCUGGUCACUGUUUUUACUCCUAAAGAAUCACAUGGGUGUGAAUUAAUAUGUUUAGCGUCCACUAUUAUCGUUUUGAUGUGUGGGGAACAUGUUCCUUUAUGAUGCUUGAAAAUAGAAACGAAAAUGUUAUUCAGAAAACAAUAAAAUUUUUAUGAAAUUCAAUAAGCGAUUCGAUGGGAACCAUUGACGAAAAGAACCUACAGAUGAUUAUUGUACGUGUCGUAUGAAAAAGUUUUUAAAUUAAAUUAAAUAAUAACUUCAACACUUUCCGGUUUUUUUUCAUUAGUACGUUUGAUCAAUUUCACCACGAUGAUCAAUUCGCCCCUGCAUGACGGUACUCAUAUUUACCGACUUUUGGGUUUCCAAUAGUUUGCUUCAAAAUCCAUCUCAGUCAAGAUUGGUAACCAGUUGAUGCUUGUUGGAUGCUAUAAAUAUUGUGCUCACUCUGGCCUACUUCAGAUUUGAUUUUGCUUCUGUGUUGAAAGGACGUGUAAAAUUUUUCGCUUCAGAAUAAUUUCCCAUGAUGUUUUGAAUUGCAUAGGUUUUUUCAAAAUUCUUAAUUUCUCAGAGUUCAAUCGUCUCUAGGCUCGGAGAAGGCCAAUUUGGAAAACUGAACUUAAAGCUCUUUGUGGAAGUCCAUCUGGAAAACCUCGUUGCCACUGCCUGGAUGACUGAUGAAUCGUGAUUGACCCGUUGGUGACUUUCAUCCGAUCGACAAUUAAAUUUUCGCGAAUUCCAGCAAUGUUCCCAGGUUAAGAGUGGCGUCAAAUUGCAGCGCGUAUCAAGGCGGAUGUGAAGAAGAUAUUUCUCAGUGCUGAGAGCUGUAUUCUUCGGUGGGAAACAGAUUGUAAAAAAUUAUUCCGCAGCGGUUGCUGUCGCCUUUAACACCACAAUACAACCUAUUCGGUUCGGAUUUUCUGUUACCGUUCUGCGUGUUCUUUGAGGCGUUUUUUGGGAGCAUCUAAGAGAUAUUUGUGUCUUGGACACCACCCUUCUUUAUUUUUACUUAUUUUUGCGGCACAAUGAUUAACGUGUGUCUGUGGCCCCUAUGAAAAAACUUGAGUACUGCUGAUCUAGGAUACUGUAGAGCCGCUGACGAAACUAGUGGAAAAUCUACAGAUCAUGAUAAAUAUCCUUCGCCCAGAACGGCAGAUGUUCCUGCAACCACUUCUGAGUGCGUUUCAAAGUAUGGCACGGAGCCCUAUCUUGUUGAAAAUACAUCUUUUGACCAUACUGCUCUUUGAUCCACGGAAGAACAUACUUAAAAUCCCUAUGUAGACCUCCGUGUUUUUGCUUUGUCGUCUUCUGGAAUGAACGCCGUGUUAAUUUUUUCACCAUCGGAAGCCACAAAUCCAAACACCAUAACGCUAGCAGGAUGCUUGUUCAGAUACACUUUUUUAUGCCCGUCCGCCACGCCUUUUGCCAGGAGAGCUAAUAAAGCGAUCGAUUCUGGAAUUUGAUACGGGAUCGACGGUAAACAUGCUCUCGUCUUUGUACAGGAUUACCGGGUUUUUUCACUCGAGGAAGUUCAAUAUUUUCUUACAUCGUUCGACUCGCAGCUCCUAGAUCAUGUGGGUAUUUUUUCUCCAUAGUCUUGACUUCUUCCUAUCGACUAUGAUCUUAUGUCCCGUAAAAUUGCUGAUCUCGUGUUCCUUCACCAUGUCCCUCAUUGAAUGCACUGGAUUCACUCGAAUCUUUUGAUGGCAGCGAUAACCCUCGGAAUCCGAGCUGAUCUCGGACGACCUGUGGUCUGCUUCGCGGAUACUUGCCCUUUCUUUUCUUGGUUUAAGACCUUUUCCACGGUCCACCGGAACACUCCCACGGUGAUGGAAAUGUCUUUUUGUGACAUUUGCGCGUGGGAAAAAUCACGAAUACGCUGCCACUUCGUCAUGGUGCAACUGAAAUCGACUUCUUUUAGUCGCAUCCUAUUACGAUAUGAAUUAUGACUUAUGUGCAUGCAAAAAAACCUAAACAUUGUAUCACAGGUGAAAUGGAAACCUAAUUUUUACGAAGGUGAAAACUUUAUCACGCAUACUGUAUGAUAUAUUAAACUAUUACAAAAAAGUUUGUCGUCUUCCUCAAGACGCUUUAGCAAUGAAAUGCUAAUCAACAAAUUGCUGAGAAAAAUAAUACAUUAUUGCUGGAACGUUCAACAGUUCAACAGAAAUAAUUCUGAGUUUGUUAAGCUCUGAUGAAAUAUAUAGAUUUUUUAGAAUAAACCUGAAAUUCUUUCGAAAUGGGAUAAUCUAAAUCGUGCCUGUCUACUAAGCCAAACGCCCCAGUUCGAAAAUAACGUGAAUGACUAUUGCCUUUUGAAAUUAAGUAGAACAAAAAUGAGACAUCCCUAGUCUAAAUUUUUGAACCUAGAAAAGUACUAUUACUGCUGGUUUUAUUAGUAAAGCGUCGUGUCGUGUCUUGUACAUAUGCAUUUAUGAAUUCACUAAUUAUUUUAAACAGUGAAUUAUUAAAUCGUGACAUGAGUGGCAGUGCCAACCAGAUUGACAAAUUCGCGAUAUCGAAGGUACAGUGUUGACAUCUUCCGUUGGCGUGAAGCAAAGGUACUCUUUAUCAGACAGUUUUAAAUUAAUAUAAUUUUCGUUCAAGAUUUGUGCAUCACUGUUAGGAAACGUGUUCGUUUAUUACAGUAAAUACAUAUUUGAUAUGGAAAAGUUGAUUUUUGUUCAUAAUUUUCGUCAACGAAACACGAAGCUCAAUGCCGCCAAUGCGAAUAAUCUAUAUACAUGCUCAGUUUAAUGAUUCAGCCUGGUUUGGGCAGACUUUCCAACGUAAUCAAUAGCAUUUCAGAGCAGUGUACGCCGACAUCAUGCUGACAUCAUCUACCAAAAUGACACAUCCUUUCAUUACUUCGCGAAACAUUGCCUUACACUUCAUUUUCCAGUUGCUCAGUUUAGACUGCAUAGGAAUACUAUGAAACACUGAACUGCACACUCACUCUAACAGCUCCCAUCGGUUAAGGCUAGGUAGGAUUCGAAUCCUGAUUUAGGGUAUCGCAAUGGAGAGAGGAAGAACGAAUACAACAAACUACCAAAAUAAAUGAUAAAACGUAAAACGACGUAACACGAAUAGGAAUCCAUUACACACUACUACCAAACAUCGGGGGGUAGAUUCGAUGCCGGAGGUGACGCUCAAAGCCUCCCACAAAGCACUUUAUCAUGUCCUUAUCAACCAACCACCCCCAGAAAAACUACUAAGCAGCAGCAGCAGCAGCGUUAGCGUAAACUAAUUUAGAGAAAAAGCAUGAGAUCAAUUGAAUUUUGCGCUCUCCAGAAAAAAAUAGUGGUUACAGCAACAAUAGCAACCGUUUCGAAACCAAGAUACGUUACGCGAUGUGUACGCAUCCCGAUACACACACACACACGCCCGUGAGCAGGAUUAAUGUUUAAGCAAAUAAUGAACAUAAAUCCAUGAUAACAAAAAAAAACGAUAAUGAUACAUUUAAACAAGAGCAAACAUUCACAUACACACACUGACGGAGACGACAGUAAGUAAAAAAAAGCAAGUAUAAACACAACACUACACAAAAAGCCGUUGAGUAAUUAUGAGGUAAAUAAAAAAAGAAACACGAGAGAGGAAGUGAAGGAGAAAAACAAGAAAAUAACUAUAAUAAAUUGAAAAAAAUAAUAAAAAAUUAUGUAUAUUUAAUUAUUAUUACAUAUAUAUGAAAAUUGAAUAAAAAUUCAUAUAAAAAGUCA